GAUCAAGCACAGACUGGCUCCUUAGUUAAAGAGCGACUCCAGAGUUGAUGUCUUUCCGCGCGUGGACGGCUCGGUUCUGACCACCGGAUCACAUGCUCGCCGUGUUUGGAGUCUCAUUCAUGUGGCUCCCAAACUCACCGUCGCAUUUCCAUGAAGCUCUACACUCCACUUACCUGAGCUCGGACUGCAGGGCUUCACCAUGUUUCGGAUAUUUUGGGAAGUACUUUUUCUGAUAAGCGGUUCUCUCUAUACCUUCGGCGGCGGAGACAAAAACUCAACAAUCAUCAGGGACACAAACUCCACCUCCCCUCUGAGCCAGAGCGUCACCUCUGUCCACAUCACAAGCGCUACAACUGGAGUCUCUAGUGGUCCUGCGCUUCAAAGUGACUUCUACCCUGUUGAAUCAGAUCACAACGGGACAACUGGUCCAAGUCUCACUUUAGACACAAACUCAUCGACGAGUAGCACGACUACAGCCACCACCAGCUUCCCACCAGUAAAAAAGUUUGUUGUGGCGGCUGUUCGCUCUCAUUUUGAUGACUGUCCAGACUCUCACCGCCAUUUCUGCUUCCACGGCACUUGUCGCUUCCUGGUCCUGGAAGAGACGGCAGCAUGUGUCUGCCAUCCAGGGUUUGUGGGCAUGAGGUGCGAACACGCCGACCUGUUGGCCGUGGUGGCCACCAACCACCAAAAGCAGACGGUUGCCACGGUGCUGGUUCUGUGUGUGAUCGGCUGUGUUCUCAUCAUGCUGUUGUGCACACUUCUCAAUUGUUGGUGGAGACGGGAGUGUCGGCGGAGGAGAAGUCAAGCUCGACAUUAUGAAAAAUCCAUCAACAUGCUGAAGCAUGGAACGUCGCAUUAUCCUCCUGAGAGUGUGGUCUAAGGAGACACAAGCGGAGGUGAACCCACGUUCUCCUGCUCCUGCACUGAAGACCAACCGUGACUCUAGAUGAGUUUGAAUGCAAAAGGCAAAAUGACUGAGCAGACUUGAGAGAACUGGACAUUCUCAAGCCCUGCGGAUCAAUCUUCUGCUGAUGCGACCCGGCCAAGUCGACGGCACACUCGGGAGCUGAACAGGAAUUUUAUAGGACUGAACUCACUGACAAAUUCAUUUAAUCCCAGUUUCUAUUUUUGUCUUUUAAAAACACUUUUUUAGAAAACACAAAACAUUCUAAGGUUUUUUUUUUUAACCUGGUUUUACUCACCUCACCUCACCGGACGGAUUUAGGAACUGAGGACUGCUAAUGGAUUUCCAUUGCUGGAUUCACCCGGACGUUCUUCUGUUCGCUCACGACGAGGGGAAGCAUCAGCAAGAACAAAGAUUGUGUAGUGAGUUGGAGAAAAUAAUCUCAAUUGUUAAGAGAGCUCUGAUAACGUUGUCAGUUUUACAGUGAGCAGAGAUAUUUGAUCGAGCUGUCACAGACAAACCACUCUCGCACACCUCGGGUGAACACGAGUAUUUUAUUUCAACUCUGAAACUCUUAAAACGCGUCAACAUGUCCGCGCUUAAAUCACACGCCAGCUGUUUAAGGAGGCACAAACACUGUUUUCUGUUUCAAGAGUGGUACGUUUGUCGAGGCCAGAGAAGGAGCAUAAAAAACUAACUGGAAAAGAUGAAUUGUAAAUAUGACUUGCACGUGUCGGGUGUGUAUGUAGUGUCAAUUUUAAGGAUUGAUACGAGCAGAUUUAUGUUCAAACUUAAUAUACCUUUUCUUUUCAAAUUAAA